GGCGAAAGUUGAAACAAACCAGCAGCGCUCGCCUUACGGAGGUCCGAAAUGGCUAAACAUCAUCCAGAUUUGAUCUUUUGCAGGAAACAAGCCGGCGUUGCUAUCGGGAGACUUUGCGAGAAAUGUGAUGGAAAGUGUGUCAUCUGCGAUUCCUAUGUGAGGCCGUGCACGUUGGUGCGCAUCUGUGAUGAGUGUAACUACGGCUCCUAUCAGGGACGCUGUGUCAUCUGUGGAGGGCCGGGAGUAUCUGAUGCCUACUACUGUAAAGAGUGCACCAUCCAGGAGAAAGAUCGAGAUGGAUGUCCGAAGAUUGUAAACUUGGGCAGCUCUAAAACGGAUCUGUUUUAUGAAAGGAAGAAGUAUGGCUUCAAGAAGAGGUGAAGACACUACAGUCCAGUCCCUGUUUUAGUUUUUCAGCUUUUGCAGAUUUUCUUUGAAACCUCGAGAAACAUUUUUGACUUGUUAAUAAAACUCUGUUUUAUACUUUC